CUCUAGAAACGAUUCAGUAUUGACGUAUAAAUAUACUUUUUGUACUGCGCCAACAGAAUAUCCUUACGAAAAGCCCUCAAUUUUCGGCACAAGCGUUGGUAAAGUAUACCUGUAUUGGCUGAUUGCCAGCACACGUAUUUUAUUGUCCACAUUCAAUAAUAUUGUCAUUGCGUGUAAUAUGACUCAAAUGGCUGACAAUGUACCCACUUUCAAGUGCGUAAUGGUUGGUGAUGGAGGUACGGGAAAAACAACAUUUAUCAAGCAACACAUGACCGGUGAGUUCGAAAAGAAAUAUGUCGCCACAAUGGGCGUGGAGGUGCAUCCAUUGAUUUUUUACACAAAUCGGGGUGCUAUACGAUUCAAUGUUUGGGAUACAUGCGGGCAAGAGGAUUUCAAUAGCCUGCGGGAUAACUAUUAUAGUCUUGGGGAUUGUGCCAUUAUCAUGUUUGAUGUCACCUCACGGACCACUUACAAGCAUGUGACCAACUGGGAGCGCAAUCUGAGACGCAUUUGCGAUAAUAUACCGAUAGUGCUUUGCGGCAAUAAAGUAGACAUGAAGGAUCGGAAAAUUUCGGAAAGAGAAGUGAAAUUCCAAAAUCACUCCAAUCAACAGUAUUACGAAAUCUCUGCCAAGUUGAAUCAUAAAGUAAAAAAACCAUUCCUUUGGCUGGCACGUGCAUUGAUUGGCGAUCUUCAACUAAAAUUAGUUGCAAUGCCAGCUUUGAAGCCCCCAAAAAUCCAAAUGAACAAGGGGAGGAAAUUUCAAACUGAACAUGAGGUGCAGGCGGUGCAGGAAAGUAAUUUGACAGAUGACGGUGACCUUAAUCCAUAAUAAUUCAUCUUUUAAAAAUUUCAAAAGUUCCUAUGUACCAAACCAACAAGAUAAUAUGGAAUAAAAGCAAUUUUGAUUUCUGAUU